CGCUUCCUCCGCUGCACUCUCUCCUCAUCAGUCAGCGAUCUAGAGGGAUCCAAUGCUUCAAAACCACACGCCAGCUCUAAUUCAAGGCUGUUUACUAAAGAUGGGAGAGCAAGACCCCAGUGACCGGUUAAGAGGGGACCAACCAAAAGAGCCAAACCAAAAUGGCAAAGGAAGUUUCUCCCAGUUCUCCUCAAGCGUACGUGCCAUGGUGCGCAUUCGCAUGAAGUACCAGGCCAUAAAAAAACGGCGUCUGGAGAUUGCAUCAGCGACGCCGCAGAUCUUCACAUCUCCACGGUCAACCAGCCCCAAGGUUUUCACUUUUGAUAACCUCCACGAGCCUGUCAACAGCAACCCAGCUUCCCCACGCAAGCGGAAGAAAAAGAGGAAGCUUCGAGUUUUGUAUCCGACCAGCAGCUUGAGGGCAGUACCCACCAAAGAGAGCAGCCGUGCCAAAAACUGCCUGUAUUUGCUGUGCAUCAUUGUCUUUCUGCAGAUCUACAACGCCAUCGAGAACUUGGAUGACCACGUCCUCAAGUAUGACCUUGAAGGGCUGGAAAAGACCCUUAAAAGGGAAGUAUUUGGACAACAGGAAGUGGCAGAAGGCCUUCUGGGUCAUUUACAGGAUUAUCUGUCAACCUAUGUGCAUAAUAAACCUUUAGUGCUGUCACUUCACGGACCUACGGGAGUCGGGAAAAGCCACGUCGGCCGAUUAUUAGCUCAGCAUUUUCGUUCGGUUGUUGGUGAGGAGUUGGUGAUGCAGUACUUUGUGCUCCACCAUUGCCCAACAGACGAUGAUAUCCCACUUUGCACCAAAUCUCUGGACUCUCACAUCUCCGAAAUGGUCUCCCAAGGAGAGGAAGAGGAGAAAAUUCCAGUUUUUAUCUUCGAUGAAGUUGAACACAUGCCCAGGCAGCUAAUGGACACCUUGCAAGAGCUAAUUCACCCCCAAAACAACAACAAAUACUUAAACGCCAUCUACAUCCUCAUCAGCAACCUAGGCCACGAAGAUAUCACCAAAUUCGUCCUGCACAACUCCAGCAUUGCCAUCUCGGGACGUUUGAGCUUGACUCAGGAGCUAACGCCUUGGUUGCGGAAUUACCUUCAAGAGCAUCACGUGCUGUUUGUGGAUGCAGAGUACUUGCCGUUCAUGCUUUUGGAAAAGAGUCAUGUGAUGGAUUGUUUUAUUGACGAGAUGUCCAGGGAAGGAUUUUACCCAGACCGAUCCCAUGUGGAAAGACUUGCGGAGGAACUGUCGUACUAUAUAGUCGGCGAACGGGAAUUUUCACACACCGGAUGCAGGCAGGUUGUAGCAAAAGUGAACCUUCUUUAAAACAAAAAUCUGCCGUGCAGAUGGGCAUCAUGAAGAAAAUGUUGUUGUUGGUGGCCAUUUUGAUUUCAUUGAGAAUUCAACACUGUGUCAUUGCUGGUAAAUAUUUGCAGGUGUACAGUGUAAAAGAUAUGUGUAAAUUAGCCGUUUCCGUAUUUUGUGAUUCAUGUUUUUAUCUUUCCGUUUAUUAAUGCUUUUGAACUGCAUUAUGGGACCCUGAGCUUUCUUCUAACAACUAUUAACCUCGAAAAGUUAGAAAAAGUGACUUUUAUGGACAUUUAUAAUAGUUUAAAGUGAUAUAUAUAGUCUGGGUUGGUGUUGUAUAUUACGAUACAAAACCUUGCAAUAAACUUCCAGUUAUUUUACAGACGUAUUUCUCUAUAUGUUGUUUCUUUUAUGUUAUAUUAUUUAUAACUACUACUAAAAUGUCAAUAAAAGUCACUUUGUUAAGCCGUAGAGUUGAGUUUUUUAACAUCGAAUGUCGACAGUGGAGAUCAAUGCUGGGGCGGUGUACGAAGAUUGCUAGGUGACCAUCAAUCGUUUUCUCAGAGGAUGACAAGCUGACAAAACAUUGCUGCAGCUCUGAUACAAGUUGUAUUUAUGGAGUGUUAUUGCAGUGUUCUGUGUUUGUCUGAGGUAAUUAGUCUACCAAAAUGUGUUUAUUCCAAAGUAUGAAGCUGAUUGGUCAGUUCUUGUCACGUGACUCACAGUGCGCUCGCGGCAUUCUGAAAAGCUGAGAUGUUUUUCAACUGAGUGUGCCUGAAAGGCACAAGAUAUGUGCGCCCCUCCAUUGGAAAUGACACAGUUGUGUGCGGAAAAGACACAAUAUGUGAAUGUCCCCGUCAUCUGCGAUCUCCAGCAGUUGAUCUUCUUGCACAGACAUGCUGGAUUCACCUUUGAUUUGUUGACAAAUGGGUUGUGGAUCCAUUCCUCGGCAGUUCGUGGGUCCUUCACUGGGCCUUUACCCCUUCACAAAGAAACUUUCCAAAAACGUCUGUUUCUUACUCAUUUUGCUAGCCUGUGGGUUAUAUUUUUGCACUCAAGUGACCGAGAUGUAGCCAAAAGAAUUUGGUCAUUUUUUAAAAUAAAGACUCAGAUAAUAAUAAAUAAAAUGUAAAUAAUUAUUGAUUUUAUGUGGCCUGGUACCAAUUGAUCCACGGACCAUAUCCUGGGGUUUGAGGACCACUGAUUUACAUCACAAAGCAGAAGCUGAGUUGAUGAUGUAUGCUGUUUACAACAUGAGUCAGCGUGCACUGAAGGGUUUGUCAGGGUCAUUCAGGAGAGUAAAUGUGCUCCCCUUGAGCAAAACAUUCAGGAACACUUCAAAAGUACUGCUUUAAUGCUGUGAUGCCAGAGUAGAAGCAUUAUGGUUUUAUCACAAGAUACGGAAACUGUUCAUUAACACAUGUUGUUUACGGUGUAUGUUUGUGGUGAAAAUUGUAAACAGAACCAUUCAGAAGAUGAAUGUUGGUCAGACGUUACAAAUAUUUUGGAGAGAAGUUUUAUAUGUUCACUAAGGAUGCAUUUAUCAUAAUUUAAAGAAAGCAUUAGAUAUCAUCACUGCUACAUUACAUGUAAUUGAUCUCUGAUUUAAAGCUGAAUUUUACUCUUGGCAUGAUCAUUCAGAAAUCAAUAUUGCUUCAGCAUUUACUCAGAACCCUCUGUAUCAUAAUCUGACCAAAUGAAUGCAUCCUUUCUAAACAGUCAUUUCCUUCAAAAAGAGAACUCCUACUGUCAGCUUUUGUACUGUAUUGUUUCUCAUUUACUGUGAAGAAGGCCCGAGCAACAAGCAAAACUCUAAAUAACACAAAACAAUAUGACUCUUUUCUCUUUUUAUUAGAACUUUUCAGUUUCCACUGGAAAAUGGGGUACAGAGACCAACGUCUUCAGUUCUAAAAUUAGUUGGACUGUGUGUGUGUAUAUAUAUUUACACAGUCAAACCUGAAAUUAUUCAUACCUCUUGAAAAUUCAGACUUAAAGUUUUUGUUUAAAUGUAAAUAAAGCACACUGAUGCCUCUUGUACCUCAUCUCACCAUCUCUUGGAAGAAGCCUGUGUCAUUUUCAGUCAAAACAACUUAAAAAGUAACCAAGUCAGAAUUGGCCAGGGGUAUAAAUAAUCUCAGCCUUGACUGUAUAUACACAGGCCAGUAAAUUAUUAUAAAAAUAAUGCAAACCUAUGCCUAAUGUACUGAUGUGUAGCGGAGUGUCCUUUACACAUUGAGUGUGCAUUAUUUUCUUAUAAUUCAGCAGUCCAGAACUGAGUCAGUUAUUAUACUACGGUUACUGCUUCUAAAGACAAGGUUCACAUGGUGCAUUUCAAACGUUUGUCAUGUUUUUGUCCUCAAAAAGCUCCUCUGUGUGCGACUAGUUUCAUACGCAUCUCAUCCAAAGCCUCAAGUCUUGUUUUAAUGUGAUCUUUGACUGUUCAGGGAUACCUUAGAAUGUUUAUCAGCCAAUCAGAAUCAAGCAUUCAACAGCACCUAAAGUAUGAAUGUAGAAAUAUAUAUUUACAAAAGCUGUCACUGGAGUACAUGUUAUUACCUAAAGAAUUCAUAUGAAUAGCUUAAAGGAGAGCUAUUAUACAAAAUUCACUUUUAUAAAGGAUUUAAACACAAUUGUGAGGCAACAGUCUGUGAAUAUAACCAGCUUAUAAUGAGAAAAAUGUAUUUAUUUUAUUUUUAUCACAAUUACGCUUGAUCAAAACACUUUGAUUGACAUUCUCCUGCUGUACGUGUCAUCAGAGGGGAAAGCCCCGCCCACUAGUGACCAUCUCUCCCU